AUGGUGAACAUCAUGCUGGUCCGUUACACUGAAGACAUUAUUCUUACUGGACCUGGUGAUCAAGAGGCCUGGCGCAAGCGCUGGUUUGUCCUCCGGCGGGGCCGCAUGAGUGGCAACCCUGAUGUCCUGGAGUACUACCGGAACAAACACUCGAGCAAGCCCAUCCGUGUGAUAGAUCUCAAUGAGUGUGCAGUAUGGAAGCACGCGGGCCCUGACUUCGUUCGGAAGGAAUUUCUGAAUCAUUUCGUGUUUACUGUUAAGACUGCUUCUCGGACCUACUAUCUGGUGGCCAAGACCGAGGUGGAAAUGCUGGUGUGGAUACACAGCAUCAGUGAGGUCUGCAACCUUGUCAACGUGGAGGAUGGUACAGAUUCCGCGGACAGCCACUAUCGCACGCCCUCCUCCUCCCUCCAGCCAUCCUCUGCCAGCUCCCUUCACACCGCCCCUACUGUCAGCUCCUCUUUGCCAAGAGAUGACCCAAGAACUAAUACCGUAGCCACUGAGAAAACCAGAAGUGAGUCAGAGUUUCUAAACUCCCUUCCUGAUUAUCUGAUUCUGUCCAACUGUGAGACUGGAAGGCCACACCAUGCCAGUCUACCCACCAGAUGUGAUAGCUGGUCAAACUCAGACCGUUUAUCGGGACAGACUUCAUACGAUGACGUUUUUGUUGACUACCUGAAGCCGCCGCCCCCCAGGUGCUUGGGCUACCACGGGAAGGAGUGUCAGCAGAAACUUUCCGCCAAGUCUCAGGCCACCCUCACCCGGAGUAGAGAUUCCAGUGGGCCGUAUAAGAACCUCUUGACUUCACCGUUGGUAGAAACGUCCUUAAAUGCCACCAUUGACGUAGAUAAAAACCGAGGUUCCUUGCCCUACGGGACAAAAGAACUAGACUUAAUGUACAACACGCCACCUCCCCGCCCACCUAAGCCGAGCUACCUGUUCGAACGGCGCCAAGAGGAGCAGCUGUGGUGUGGGCACAGCAACUGCAGGAGGCCAGAAAGCACUACGACACCGAGAAGAACCUCUCUCCCUGGUUUAGAUAACAUGAGAACCUUGAAAGCUGACGUGGAAGGCCAAUCAAGACACCAAGACAAGCGCCUUAGUUUAAAUUUGUGCAACUCUGACGACUACAUCCCGAUGAACGGAGGAUGCUUCUCUAGCCCACUGCCUAUGCUGCCUGCAAACAUGGAGCCUCCCCCAGUGAAUAGAGAUCUCAAGCCUGAGAGGAAAGCGCGACUACCUCCCACGGACCAGAACAGCUUCUCUACCAUUCGAGAACAUGCGUCUCUAACCAGGACCCACACCGCGCCUUGCACUCGGACCAGCUAUCUCCCUCCAGAAAGAAAUAGCAUUAGUUCUGCAAGAUAUGCCAAUUCUGCUUCCAGAAAAGAGGACGAAAUCUACAUCCGAAUGGAUGGACACCGAACAACCAACUCCGUGAGCAGUGGUGCUGUGACGUGGAAGAAGAAAUGCAGCCUGGAUUAUUUAGCCCUGGACUUCAAUACGGUGUCGCCAGUCCCUGCACAGCAGAAGAAACCUCUUUCAGAAGAUCACAAAGUCGACUACGUGCAAGUGGAUGAGCAGAAGACGCAGGCUCUCCAGAACACCAAGCAGGAGUGGACAGACGAGAGGCAAUCCAGAGUGUGA